GCUGCAGAGCACAUGAGACGAUAGUCAAUACUGCUGGUCUGGUACUGCACAGAUCUAAACGAAGUCAAAUAUCAUAGCCUUCAUAGGUAAAUGUACUUUGCGGAUAGCACAUGUGACAGGUAAAUCAGGAUGAAAUCAAACUGACGUAGAACUGUUGAUAUUCAGUCCAGAUGGUUGAGAUUUUAUAAUUAGUAUGGGGGAAUCGAGUUCCAAGUCCGAAACUAGUGUAAAUUCAAACCAGCGGUCAGUUUCGGUACCGGAGACUAAGGCUGUUUUAGUUUCUGAAAAUAUUCAACCGAAACUACUGAAACAUAACUCAAAUAAUAAGGGCAAGAAGAUAAUAACACUUCAAGAAUACAGAAAACAGAUUGGUCACAAAGUGAUCAAUCAAAAAUCCACUCAGAAACUUGGGAUCACAGCUAAACAAGAGUCAAAUUCAGAAGAGAAAUGCCGUGGGCAAUCACCAGAUCCAGAUAGUGCCAAUUGCCCCCACUGUGGAUAUUUGGUUUCCACUAAUAAAUGUAUGAGGUGCAUGCGCGUCUUUGAAAAAGAAAAAAUGGUACAUCUCACUUCAAAUCUUAAGUCAUUACCUGGAAACAAAUCAUCCGGAAUCUCUCAGAUGUCAAAUGAUUCAUCGUAUGGCUCCCGACGCACUCGGACUCAAAAUGCUCAACCUUCAAGACAGAGUAGAGCCAAAUUUGAGGAACCACAGUGUGUAACACUGAGUAGCGAUGAAGAUGAUGACUUCUUUCAGGAAACAAAAAAACUCAAAUGUGAUGGUACCGACAAAUCAACUGAAAAAUUGGAUGUCAACCCUUCAAUUGUGAUUCAAGAACAGCCAAAUAUUAAAGAAUGUGAACCUUUAAAUGGUGUCUCAAUGGAUUUGCCUAUUGAUGCAGAAGAGGAAAUUGGAUCAAGUGAUUUGCUCCAUUGGAAAGAAGGUGGAUUGAAUGGACCUUUCUUUGCCGUAAACUGCCGAUCUGUUCGUAUUGGAUCGUAUAAGAUUACUCCAUUGGGACGUGUGUUAUUCUCAUCCGAAGGAAUUAUGCUGCAAGCUCCAGUUUUUCACAACCACAAUGGGCCAUCAGAAAAGAGUGCUGUUUGUGUCAAUGUAGCUAUCCCAAGUCAGCAACUAUUAAAAGUGGACGCUUAUUUCAGCCGAAAGCUUCAAGUCAUCUUCCUAAAUGUUAGUCCAAGCUGGUGUCGCCAGCUUUCAAAAAAAUUAGGGCUAUCCAAAGGUGGCCCAUAUUGGGAUUCUGCUAGCGAAGACGAAAAUCAAAAACGAUUGACACUGCUACCCGACGGGUUGGACGAUGCAGCGAAGAACGCAAUCAAACAAGUCUUCGUUCCUCAAGGUGUUUAUAACGAAAUUAAUCAGGCCGAGGCCAACCGGCUCUUGGUUAUUUCCUCACCCCCAGAAGUUCGUGAUGCGCUGAAACGUCUCCCCACGAGCACUGCUGUAUCAGCAGAAACAAGUGUUUCGACAUCUGAAACGCAAUAUGUGAAUGGUGGCAAAGAUGAUGCUAGCAAAGUUGAAAUACGAAUAACCAGGGGAUCCAGUAAAUCUCUCGCAAGAAAUGUUUUGCCAGUGACUCCAAUGUUUUCCUGGUCGGAUGGACCCGACCGCUUCUCAGUAACCACUGAAGAUUAUGCUUGUUUAAAUCAGGACAAUCUACUAAAUGACAGUAUCAUCGACUUUUAUCUCCGAUACGUUUUCAGUACUAAAAUUGAUGAAAGUCUGAAGAAGAAAUGCCACGUAUUUUCAUCGUUUUUCUACCAAAGGUUAACGACUCGCCCACCCAAAGUCAAUGGACGGAAACAUCCAAUUGAAGAUGACGAUUCCAUUUCGAUAAAGGAGAAACGUCAUUCAAGAGUUAAAUCGUGGACAAAGAAAGUGGACAUUUUUGAAAAGGAUUAUCUCGUGAUACCCAUCAACGAGCGUAACCAUUGGUUUCUAGCCAUUGUCUGUUUUCCUUGGUUAUCAGGACCGGUGACCGCCAUAGACAAUCAACCCAUCAAACUUCGCCCCCAACAAACAUACUCCAAGAAAACAACCCACCCACAGAGGACAUUUGUAGCCGUGAACGGUGAAUCGUUUCACAUAGGAAGUACCACAGUUACGCCUGUUAAUUCAAAUUCAAAGUCAACCAAAGAUGACCAGAUUACGUUGAAUGUUGACGCAGAAAGAGAUGAAGCUGAGAGCGACGAAGAAGAAUUAUUAUGUGCAAUCGACCGCACUCCAGUAGAAAAAUUGCCAGAGAUUGCUGGUCCUAUCAAACAGCCUUGCAUCUUGUUUUUUGAUUCAUUGGCGGGAAGCGCACACAAUCGAGUUGCUACGACUCUUCGCGAGUAUUUAAUGGUGGAACACCAAGUAAAGAAAAUGAAGCCAAAUGAAAAAUCAAUUGUUGCUUUCAGAAGGGACGCCGUUAAACCGUCAACCAACCCCUUUACUAAAGACUCGAUGAUAUCGGCAUGCCUUGAUGUGCCUCAACAAAAUAACUCGUACGAUUGCGGGAUAUUUGUGCUUCAAUACGCAGAAUACUUUAUGAAAAAUCCAAUUCCGGAUUAUAAUUUACGGAAUAUAAAAUUAAGCAAUUGGUUUCCACCUCAUAUUGCCGGAAGGAAAAGAAAAAACAUCCAGUUCUUAUUGAUACGGCUCACCAAGGAAACGAAUCCUUCAGCAGACCAAGUUCUGACAUUGUUACCUCGAGAUGACGUCAGAAUUGCACUUCAAGACCGUAGUAAGACUGCGUCCGCUACGAAUAAAGAAAAUGGUGAAAUUCAAAGUGAAAAUAAGACGGAGGCGAUGGAGGAAGACGGCAAAUCUGAGGUGUGUCUCGAUAAAGAAAAGGUUGAAAAGGGAGCCAGCCCAUCAAAUAUCGUGUAUGACCAAGAGGCGAAUAAUGAAAUGGAGAAAUAGAUUUUUUUUCUUUUUUGUUA